AUGGCUAUUUUGGAGAAAAAAUAGGCAAUUUAAUGCUUUGGUCUACUUUAUUUUUUAAAACAUUAAUAGUUUCUAAAAUAGACAAUAAAAAAUUACUCUAUUAACUUUAUUAAACAGAACUUUUCUAAAAUAUUUAAGAUCCUAUAACAAAACUAGAAAAUUUAUAUCCAAAAAGCUCAUCCUAAUUAUUUUCUAUUAAAAAUAUUUUUAUGGCUAAAACCUCUGUAUUUGCAAUCAGACUACUCAAGCAUAAUAUUUUAGGAUUAGAUGCUGUUUAAUUAGGUCUAUUUAAAUAAUUAUAAUGGAAAAUUAAAUAAUAUGUACCUGACGUUCGUUAUGAUUUUUACAAUAAUUUCACUGCAGGAGCCAUUACUGGUGUUUUUGGAGCUAUGGCUUCAAAUCCCUUAGACAAUUUGA